AUGGCUAUGACACCACAAACAUCGGACUCCUCUCUAUCGAUGGGGUCCGUUCGACCCGUCCAGGAGCCAAUCGCAGUGGUCAGCAUGGCAUGUCGCUUGCCCGGACACAGUGACUCUCCUCAGAAACUAUGGGAAUUCCUGAUGAAAGGGGGUGUGGCAGGCACUGAUGUUCCCAAAUCACGAUUCAACAUCGACGCCUUCUAUGAUGGGUCUGAUAGGCCUAAAACAAUGCGCUCUCCUGGCGCCAUGUUUAUGGAAUCCGUUGACCCGGCGAAGUUCGAUGCGUCAUUCUUUAACAUUUCAGCGCAGGAGGCAACGGCCAUGGACCCGCAACAACGAAUCAUCUUAGAGGUUAUCUAUGAAGCAUUAGAGAAUGCCGGACUUACAUUGGAGUCGCUAGCGGGCCAAAGAUAUGGUUGCUUCGUCGGAGGUCACCCUGGAGACUACUGGGACGUAUUCGCCCGGGAUCCAGACUCUAGACCGGUGAAUGCGGGCAUUGGUGGCUCCGGAACGAUGUUGAGUAACCGCGUGAGUCACUUCCUGGGUAUUACAGGUCCGAGCAUGUCCCUUGAUACCGCAUGCUCCAGCUCGUUGGUGGCACUGGACAUGGCAUGUAAAUUCCUUCAAACUGGAGAGAUUAACGGGGCCGUCAUCGCGGCAUCCAACCUGGUGCUGCACAGAAACACCCACUCGCCAACAGGACGCUGUCACACAUUCGACGCCAAAGCAGACGGGUACAUCAAGGCAGAAGGAAUCAACGCUGUGAUAUUGAAACGACUUGACGAUGCCAUACAGGACGGGGACCCCAUCCGUGCAGUCAUUCGAGGUACGGCCAAUAACCACAGCGGUCGUACGCCUGGUAUUGCGUCGCCCAGCGCCGAUGCCCAGGCUGCUGCCGUACGCACCGCAUAUGAGAAUGCCAACAUCACCGACUUUUCGCUCACGUCGUAUCUGGAAUGCCAUGGAACCGGCACCUUAGCUGGAGACCCGGUUGAGGUGGCUGGCGUCUCCUCGGUCUUCGCACCUUCACGGACGCUUGAUAGACCACUGCACAUUGGAUCAAUCAAAAGUAACAUAGGGCAUUCGGAGACGGCGGCGGGUUUGUCCGGCUUGAUGAAAGCCAUCAUGAUCUUGGAAACAGGGCUCAUUCCAGGCAAUCCGACUUUUGAGACGCCUAACCCCAAGAUUGACUUCGGUGGAUCGAGGGUAAAGGUUAGUCAAAGUGUCGUCCCUUUCCCAAACGAUGUCCCGUUCCGACGCGUAGGAGUGAACAAUUUUGGAUUUGGUGGCAGCAACUCUCACGCAAUCUUGGAAGAGCCCAGGGUUGUUCACUUGGAUUACUGUCCAGCACACAGAUCGUCCUACACAUCUCCUAGUCCGGACUCUAUAAAAGAAGAGCCCGCCAAGCAACCAUAUAUUCUAUGCUUCUCAGCAAACCAUAAGGACUCUCUCAAACAUUAUAUUGAGAGGUUUUCUCAGCAUUGCACCAGCCCAGGCGUACAUCUCAAUGUCCGCGAUGUGGCCUACACACUCGGCGUGCGCAGAAGCAAACACUUCCACCGAGGCUACCUCAUCACCGACAACCUGAAACAUCUCGACCCGACAAAAGUGGUUUACGGUAAGAAAAGUGUCAACGCCGUGAAGGUGGGCUUUGUCUUUACCGGCCAAGGCGCACAAUGGCCUCAGAUGGGCUUCGACCUACUGACAUCAUUUCCUGUGGCAAGGAGGUGUGUGGAGAGACUGGAAACUGUCUUGCAACGUCUACCCAACAAGCCGACAUGGUCAUUAUACGAGGAAUUGACCAAGGCAUGUAGCCCUGAUCAUGUCCGAGCUCCGGAACUAAGUCAACCACUGGUCACUGCAUUGCAGAUAGCAAUAAUCGAGCUCUUCCGAAGUUGGGGAGUCUCGCCCACCAGUGUUGUUGGUCAUUCCUCGGGCGAGAUUGCGGCGGCAUAUGCGGCUGGCUACCUGAGCGAUGCCGAGGCGAUCGUUGUCGCAUACCAUCGUGGCAUGGCUUCUCAGCAGGGGCAACUAAACGAUACCCUACCUCUUGGGAUGCUUGCGGUCGGAUUAGGUGCAGAGCAAGUCACACCUUACAUUGAUGGGUUGGAAGGGGUUGAAAUUGCAUGCUACAAUAGCCCUGCAAGCGUGACAUUAUCUGGGCUUUCCUCAGUGCUCGAGCAAGUGAAAGACAGACUCACGGAGGGUGGUGUCUUCGCUCGAAUGCUGCAGGUAGAACUUGCAUACCAUUCCACACAUAUGGAGGCGAUUGGUGAAGUAUAUGAGAGUCUGCUGAACCGUGACCUCCCAGCAAUCGCGCGGGAAUUCCCACUACCAGGCGACGUCACAAUGUUUUCCUCGGUCACAGGAUCCCGGCAAGAGGCGUGUCCGGACAUUGAAUACUGGAAGAGGAACAUGACCUCUCCGGUUCGCUUCGAGGAUGCGGCUCGUGCUAUGUUGUGUGGAAACUCCUCGGUGACGUUGUUGGUUGAAAUUGGGCCUCAUGGUGCGCUUAAGGGGCCCAUCACACAGGUCCAAAGGGCCCUCGAGGGGGCACCAUCCAAGGUCUCUUAUCUUUCGGCAUUGAAUCGAGGGUCUGAUUCAAUUCAUAACACACUUGCAGUCGCUGGUCAACUCUUUCUGGCGGGGGCACCAGUCGAUCUUGAGAGGGUUAUCACAGACAGUCAAGCAACCCGACCCAUGGUGAUCGUGGACCUGCCGAACUACUGCUGGGAGCAUUCCACCUCGUACUGGUUCGAGACACAACCCAGUAAGGACUGGAGAUUUCGACCUUUUGUGCACCAUGACCUGCUGGGAAGCAAAAUUCUUGGCACAUCGUGGCUCCAUCCAACAUUUAAGAAAACCAUGGAUCUCAGUCAUCUCCCGUGGUUACGGGAUCACCGAAUCGGGACGGACGUCGUCUUCCCUGCAUCCGGAUAUAUCGCAAUGGCAGUCGAGGCAAUGUACCAGACAAGCUGCAUGCGUAAACCAACCCGCCCAUUUCCUCUUCCCAACGAACUAGGCUACCAAUUGCGCAAUAUCCGAUUCAAUGCAGCGCUUGUUUUGGAAGAAGACGUGGACAGCGAGAUCUAUCUUACAAUGAACCCAUUCCCAGGAGGAAAUGAGAACUGGUCUGAGUUCUCUAUAUCAUCUCACAGAGAUGGUGCCAUUACGCAUCAUGCAACUGGAUUAAUCCGCCUCCAGGAGCCCGUCAUUGACCCGGCCGAUGAGACAGAUAUUGCCCCAUUCGAGCAUGCCUCUCCCGGCCAUUUAUGGACAAAGGCCUGCGCUGAGCUGGGAUAUCACUAUGGUCCUGCAUUCCAUCUGUUGGAGAAGGUGGAAUCGCGUGCUGGGCAGCGACGGGCGCGCGCAUUGAUCACACUAGCUGACCCUCCCUCAGCUCAUGAUCCUCAGUCUUUGUAUCCUGUUCAUCCUGCUGCGCUUGACGGUGUAUUGCGAGCCGUGGUACCUGCAGCUAUCGCUGGAGACCGCAGCAGAAUGGCUGAGACUUUGAUCCCUGCUAUGGUCGAUGACUUGAUUAUUAACCCCACCCAUCGACCACAUGCGGGCAUAGCGGUCGCUUCUAGCUAUUACUCUGGGCGUGGGAGAGAAGAUACAGAGAAGAGUUAUCUAGGAAGCACAUCUGUAUAUGAUCCAUCCAGUGGUGCUUUACUGAUCCGAAUGACCGGAUUAUCGAGCCAUAGGAUUGAUUUAGGGAUUGAUCCCAUCUCUCGGCAUACCCUCGUCCACGACGUCCUGAAGCCGGAUAUUUCCAUGUUGAACGUGGAGGCUGUUCAGCAACUUGGACAAGUCCACACGAAUAUGACUCCAUUGCUGCUUCAAUUAAUGGUCCAUAAGAAGCCUGCCCUGAAGGUGCUUGAGCUUGAUUUGGGAACCCGUGAACCGGGUAGCCUGUGGUUUGAAUCUCUGGAAACAGUUGAGGAUUUACAGUGUCAAUACCGUUAUGUAGCCCGCGAUGCCACAAAUCUUUCUGGCGUGGAGUCGAAGUACCGCGAUCAAGCAAACACCUCCUUCCAGCUUCUAGAUCCCGAUUGCAGUCACUUGGGUGUUGGGGAACAAGAACGAUUUGACUUGAUAAUAUUGAAGGCCAUCUCGCCUUUGCCUCAAAGGUCAGCCUCCGUUGUGAGUGCUGUGAAAGACCUGCUCUCGCUUGAUGGAUAUAUACUCGCAAUCGAUCACACAGAGGCGGGUCUUAAUGCUCACUCAGAAUCGUCUUUGGUUCGCCUGGUUGAGAAUACGACAUUGGGAAGGGUGCUCUCCAUUCCAUCUGAGCGACGGGCAGUCUUCCUGUGUAUGCCACUGAUAACCAGAGACUGCCCUCCUCCGGCAGCCAAGCAGGUGCAUGUCGUCUAUAUGGAGGAGAAGACCAUCUUGCCGCCUAUAGCCGAACGGUCGUUGACAGAAGGAGGGUGGCAAAUCACUCAACAUCAAUAUUUGACAGCAAAUGUCCCCGCUGGUGCUCUAGUCCUUAUUACUGAUGAGCUAUACUCACCCCUUCUCACACACAUUACUGAGGAACAAUGGUUGUGCCUUCGCCACCUCAUUACAAGCGGCUGUAAGCUUGUCUGGGUCACUCGCGGCGGCCAACUCUCUGCAUCUGAGCCGAACAGUGCCCUAGCUGCUGGGCUUCUCCGCUCAAUCCGAUCCGAGGAUCCCGCGGCCACACUAAUCACAUUGGAUAUACAAAGUCAAGAUGGGGCUGCGGCACUGGCCUGUCUUCCUCUCGUUUUGGAGCAGCUCCAGAUGCGCGAAGCUGGCUUAGGGACCGAAAAUGAAUAUGUAGAGCAGGAUGGUGUUCUACACAUCCAUCGAGUCCUACCCUACCGUCCUCUGAGUCAUGAUAUUCAAUCAUGGAAGGAGGGAUUUGUGGAGACACCACUGUCCACCGAUGGUUCCAUCACGCGUCUAGUAGCCGAGGAUAUCGGUACUCUAGAGGGCCUACGCUUCGUCCAAGCUCCAGACGACACCCUCCCCGAAAAUCAUGUUGAAAUUGAGAUUCAGGCCGCUGGCUUAAAUUUCAAAGAUGUUGCUGUUACAAUGGGAAUAGUACCCGAGAAUGAGCACCUACUGGGCCUGGAAGGAUCGGGGAUCAUUCGUCGUGUUGGAUCCAGCAUUGAUGAUAAAUCUAUUGUUGGGACUUCUGUCGUCUUCAUGGAGAAAGGAGCCUUUGCCAACCGUAUCCAGGUUCCUUUAGAUUUCACACAUCCGAUCCCCAAGACGAUGUCCUUCAGCGAGGCAGCUACAAUUCCAGUCGCGUUCUGUACGGCACUCUACUCCCUGUUUGAUAUGGCAGAUCUACAACCCGGACAGUCAGUCCUUAUUCAUUCUGCAUCUGGGGGUGUUGGCAUUGCCUGUAUUCAAUUGGCUCAAUAUGUCGGAGCUGAGAUCUACGUGACCGUUGGUAGUGACGCAAAACGUCGCUUCCUACAUGACACAUAUAAGAUCCCGUACGAACGUAUGUUCUCAUCCAGAUGUUCCAAGUUUGCAGCAGGGAUCAUGAAGGCCACCAAUGGAGAGGGUGUCGAUGUUAUCGUCAACUCGAUCACGGGCGACUUACUAGAUGCAACAUGGAGGCUCUGUGCCGCUGGAGGCAUUCUGGUUGAGCUGGGAAAGAGAGAUAUGGUGGAGCGUAACACUCUAUCCAUGGAGCCUUUCGACCGGGGCUGCUCCUUCCGGGCUGUUGACCUUUCACAUCCAAAGCUAUUAAAGAAGCUGCCUAGGUAUGUUAACCGAAUUUCCGUUGAUGUUUCAUAUGCUCAUCUAUAUAUUAGUAUUCUUCGCCGUGUCUUUAGCCUUGCAAGCAAUGGUCACAUCCGGCCGAUUGAUCCGAUUACAACCUUCCCUAUCACACAGGCCGCGGAGGCCUUUUCCUUCAUGCGUAGUGGCAAACACAUAGGGAAGGUUGUGAUCCGAGGCAUGGCUGCCACGGGAAGUCUAACAGCAGCGGUACGCCCUCUGCGCCAGGAUAUAACAUUCAAUGCCGGAUCUGCCUAUCUUAUUGUAGGCGGGCUGAAAGGUCUGUGUGGUAGCUUAGCCUUGCACCUGGCUCAGCGAGGUGCCCGCCAUCUGGUGGUGAUGUCUCGUAGCGGAUGUGCAGAUCGUCGCUCACAAGCAGUCAUUUCCAAUUGUGAGUCCCUUGGAUGCCAUAUCCAUGUCUGCCGCGGUGAUGUGUCGCGCAUCCUCGACGUACGACAGGCUUUUAAACAAGCUCCUGUUCCCAUCAAGGGUGUCAUACAGGGUGUGAUGCUCCUACGCGACCGACCCUAUGAGCUGAUGACGAUCAAGGAGUUUCACGAAUCGAUUGAGGGAAAGGUCCAAGGCACAUGGAACCUGCACAAUGUCUCCAUCGAAAGCCGCUCUGAACUAGACUUCUUCCUCCUCCUUUCGAGCAUCUCCAGCGUAGUGGGGACCCCAGGACAAGCAAACUAUGCGGCUGCGAACAGUUUCCUUGACUCUUUCGCCGCUCAUCGACGAUCAAUGGGACUUGCCGCCCAGACGAUUAACCUGGGUGUGGUGGAAGAUGUUGGGGUUGUGGCAGAGUCGGAUGACCUAUCUCAGCGUCUUGAAGCAUCCAGAGACUUGAUCGGCAUCCCUGAACGUGUGCUCCAUCGUAUCGUGGAUUAUUCACUCCGGCAGCAGUUUCUUCAGUCUACCUGCCGGCCACAUUCGGGGUCUUCGGAAUUCCCAACCCGACUCAUAACUGGACUCGCAGUGCCUCAAGACCCAACUCAAUCUGGCCUCCGAUUCAAUCCUCUCUUCCGCGGACUCUUUGUCGGAAAUUCGAGCUCCCAUGCCAAUGCAGGAAAACCUACCGACGAGCUCGCGGCCGCACUCCAAUCGUUCCACGCCAUGAUUCGCGCUGGUGUAGGGGCCGAAGAGCUGCAGGAACCGUGUCUGAGCAUCCUUGCCACUCGGCUGGCGCGGAUGUUGCGCUAUAAUGAAAACCAACAGAUUGAACCUGGGCAACCGCUAUCCGUCUAUGGGCUGGAUUCUCUCUCCAUGGUAGAACUGCGGAAUUGGAUCAAGGCUCAAAUGGGGGCCACCGUGACGACAUUCGAUGUCCUCAACGCCAAUAGUCUGAUCAUGUUGGCACAACGGGUGGUGAAUAAGUGGACGGUGCGAUAUGGAUUAGACUUCUCUAUAAGGGCUCGCUUUACUUGUGCUAAAGGAUGUUUGAACAGUCUGAGAGUCAAGAGACAGUGA